GGCUACCACUUACCCGUCAUCCAACCACGACGGGCCCACUGUAAUCACAUCAUGUUAACAUGGGAAGGUCUGAAGUUGCCUCUGAAUGUCACAUACCAACAAUGUGAUGGGGACACAUAUAGCCAUAUAAAUGUAGACGCUGACACACGAGCAUUGUGACUAGAAGGUUAAACAGAAGGUUGUCUUCGGGAUCUUAUAACGCGCAAUAUGGAGAGGAGGAAAGCCACGGGAGAAUACCACGGCAUCCCUGUGUCCAAAAUGUAGACUGCAUAUUAUGGGACGGGCGGCACGUUUAUUUCGCUAAUUGGGAAAGUUACAAAAUAUACAAUGAUUAUAAAUGGGUCUUAUCUGAACAGGUCGUCGCUGGACCCGUACGAGGAAGUGUUGAACCGCCCUCCGUGGGUUACUACAACUUUGGGGUGCUUCCUGAUAUUCACUAUCGUGGUUGAUAUUUUGGGCAACCUUUUGGUGAUAUUCUCUGUCUACCGGAAUAAGAAGCUAAGGAAUGCAGGAAACAUCUUUGUGGUGAGCCUGGCCGUGGCCGACCUGGUGGUGGCCAUCUACCCCUACCCUCUGGUCCUCACCUCCAUCUUCCACAAAGGCUGGAACCUGGGCUAUGUCCACUGCCAGAUCAGCGGUUUUCUCAUGGGCGUCAGCGUCAUCGGCUCCAUCUUCAACAUCACCGGCAUUGCCAUCAACCGCUACUGUUAUAUAUGUCACAGCCUUAAGUACGACAAGCUGUACAGCGACAAGAACUCAGUGUGUUACGUCCUACUCAUCUGGGCGUUGACCAUUGUGGCCAUCGUGCCGAAUCUCUUCGUGGGUUCGUUGCAGUAUGACCCCAGGGUGUAUUCAUGUACGUUCGAGCAGUCUGCGAGUUCGGCGUACACCAUUGCCGUGGUCUUCUUCCACUUCAUCCUACCGAUCAUGAUCGUCACUUACUGCUACCUGAGGAUCUGGAUCCUGGUCAUUCAGGUUAGGCGACGUGUCAAACCGGACAAUAGACCGAAACUGACGCCACACGAUGUGAGGAACUUCGUGACUAUGUUCGUGGUGUUUGUGCUGUUCGCCGUGUGCUGGGCGCCGCUCAACUUCAUUGGGCUGGCAGUGGCCAUCAACCCAGAGGUGGUGGUGCCUCUCAUCCCCGAGUGGCUCUUCGUGGCGAGCUACUUCAUGGCCUACUUCAACAGCUGCCUUAAUGCCAUCGUAUAUGGGGUGCUCAACCAGAACUUCCGGCGCGAGUACAAGCGCAUUGUGGUGUCGGUCUGCACGGCGCGAAUCUUCUUUCACGGCAGCUCCAACGACGCGGCCGAGCGGCUCAAGAGCAAGCCGUCGCCGCUCAUCACCAACAACAACCAGGUCAAGUUGGAGUUGGUGUGAGAGGACCAGCUGGUCCCAGUGAGCUCCCUACCCCUCCCCCAUGGUGCGAACCCAUCGAUGUCUAUACAUCUGUAAGGUGGAAGGAAGCAAUAUGGCGGAAGCUCAAGCUGCCCCAUUUCGCUUCUUGUACCUAUCCAGUACACUGCAGAUCUACAAACAUUGGAGGAGUUAAGGAGCCCAGGGGAAGGGGUAGGGAGCGAUUUGGGACCGGGUGAUACUAACACACACGCAUGAACAAAGGGGGAGGGAGGCUUAAGGGAACCAACGUGACAUAAAAUAGCAAGAUUAGUAAUCCAAGUGAACGGAGAACAAUUACCAAAUACAAAAACAAAACUUUCUGAACCGUCCGUGAUUUGUGCUAUCUUCACCUCUAUACAGUCAAAGCGAAACGGGGAAAAUGUAUCUUUUGUCUUUUGCAAAAAGCACUUUUGUUCGUUUUUUUGGUACUUAAUUAAAAAAGUGAUAAUGUACUUUUGUUUUCAUGUUUACAGUGAUGAUAACAGUGACUCUAUGUAUGACAUAUUAUAUGUUUUUAUUUUAUAUGAAGUAUAUGUUAUAUAGAUGUACGAGAAUAUAUAUCAGGUUCAUUUCACCAACAUCAAUAAUCUGAUUAAAUAAAAUGCCUAGGGUUGCAAAAUUCCUGGAACUUCUCAAAAAUUAACAGGUUUUUCAGAAAUCCCAGUUGGAAUAUUCCCAGAAUCAGGAGGGAAUAAGCAGCAUUCAAGAUGAAUAGAAAAUCUUCAUUUUGCAAACCUACAAAUGACAAAUAUAUCAUACCGUGAAAGCCAGAAAAAUUCUGCAAUGUCUGGUCACAAACAUGACCAAAAGCGCUUGUUAAAGAUUUGACCGAUGUUAAUGAUCAGUUUUGUUGGGUUGUGACACUGUUACACUCCUUCCUUUAGAGGAGGAAGCAAUAUGUUUGGAUUGCUGCUGUUUCACGAUGCCCUGCAAAACUGUUCCCAUCAUUCGGUGGAAUAUGUUUGUAAGUAUGGGAUUUCUUUCUUUCUCACUCACUUCGUCUCUCUCUCUCUCUCUCUCUCUCUCUCUCUGAGCUCCUUGUAUGCAUGGAUCUGAAGAAUCUUUAAUAUGCUAAAUAAAGGAUCAGAUGCAGAUGUGUGCAACUAUUUCAGUACAGCACAACAACACACAAUCACACACAUAUUGCAGUCCGGUUUGUUCAAAUCCAAUGUAAU